AGUAGAGUGCUUUCUUAAGUUGGGGUCGUUUGUCUUCAGUCGUACGUUCAUUCGGAGGUGCUGUAAACGGGACUUGGUAAUCAUGUGGACCUCAGCAGCUUUCGCUCGGAGUUAACGCUCACAUAUCUGGGAAGAUGUGGUUAGCAAACUUCAAAACUCAGCCGAUAAAUUACUACAGUGAAAACAAACCAAGGGACGAGUAUCAGAAUACGUGACAGGGUAUUGUUUGAGGAUGGAAAGGAGCGCAUCGGAGCGGACCGCGCUGCGGCGGUUCGGGGACAGCGGCAUGAUGCUUCUGCCCUGGACGAAACAGAUCCUGACGGUGGUGUGGGAACACCUGAGACUGCUGGUCCAGGUCAUCUGCUGCACCUUCAUGACGGUUUUCCAGAUGUUCAGGUUUGAAGUCCACCUGAGAAUUACAGACGAGACAGGGCAACACAUCCAGCACAUGACAAGUGGGUCAGGAGACCCUUCUGAAAGUUUCCUGCUUUCAUCCUUGUUUGAAAACAACAAAAACAUGGUGGUCGGGGGUUCCAAUCCGCUUUCAAAAUUCGGCAGGGACCCAUUUGACGUGAGCUCCCACUCCAGAGCCGUCCUGUCCAGUCUGGUCAGCGACGAACUCUGUUGCUCCUUGGUAGACGACUUUGUGUCCCACGCAACAGAGUGUCUCAAUGACACCGAAGAUCUGUACAUUGGAGAUCACUCCGUGUGGAAACACGGAUACGACUGGACCAUAUUAGGAGGAUCAGACAGGAAAUGCUCAGAGAACACCUGCACGUUUACAGCACAUGUGUCUGGGUUUUCUACAAAGGAGUUUGUAAAGCAUCAGAAGCCCAUCGGUGAUCCUGAUUUAACUACAGAUGUUCAAGCUUCAUGUCAAGUUCAGUCAGUCGGUCAAUUCUCAGACAGCAGCGAGUUCAGCUGGGGAAGCACAGACAGCUCUUGUUUUGAAGGAGAACGAGAGGAGAACGACAAACUCUGGGAUCUUCUAACCAGCUCAACGGAUCCAUAUCAUCCUUUACACUUCACGGCAUGCUUAUCCAGUGCGGUUCCUGAAAAAAGCAAAACGCUGGUGGUUUCAAAGCCUGAAAGUCCCACUGUAUCACAAUCCACUGCAUCUACAGGCUCUGAUUCUUCCAAACCAGGUUCUGAAGAUGAAGAAGAAGAGGCUUUAUGGAGAUCCCUCUCUCAGAAUGACGACCCAUAUCACCCAUUGAAUUUCAGAGCCCCUCUUCAAAGCUCACCAGCCACACCAAUACCUUCAAAACAUGAAUCGCCAAGUGGCAACACACAAAAUAAAACGGAUAGACUCUUAAAAUCUUCAAGGCGCUCAAAGCCGUCGUUACCGCCAAGUAAAGUUCCUCGCCAUUGCUGCCACAAAUUACCUGUUGAGACAUUAUCAGUGGUGCCAUGGAGAAGACAUGUUGGUCUGACUGCUCUUCAAGGCAACCAGAGGAAAUGUCCCACUUUUAAGAAGGUGAAAUUUUCUCCCGUCAUACAAGUCCACAAGAUGCAAGCUUGGUCCUUUGCCUUUCAAGCAUCUCGUAAGGGACCGUGGGAGGAAUUCGCGCGGGACAGAGACCGUUUCCGAAAAAGAAUCAGUGAAACUGAAAAGGCCAUUGGCUACUGUUUUAAUUUGUCACACCGGGAAAAGCUGUGGGCCUAUAAGGACAGCGUACAGAAGAAAUAACCAGCCCUUGAUUGGGAAAAAACAGUUUCUGAUUGUAAUUAUUGAUUUUAUAGUUUCCAGGCCAGCCGCUAGACUGUUAUAUUGACUUAAAUUGACAUUUAUACCUCACUGCUGUGUCCCAACACACAUUGUACCAUGAUUGCUACUGAAUGUUGCUACUGCUGUUUUCUGUUUUUGUUUUUUUGCUAUGCCUUACAGACUCUUCAGUGAAAGUGAUCACACAUAUUUGUUUUUAACACAAAUUGUUGAUAGAUUUUUCACCCAAAAUGAAUGUUAUGCCAACAUUUACCAUCAUGCCAUUCCAAGCUUGUGUAAUUUUCUUAUUUUGUUUAUAUGAAACACAAAAGAAGACUUUUUGAAAAAUGACAUGCCGUCCUGAGGGUCCAGUGUCGUUUUGGACCGCAUUAACUUUCAUUGUAUAGACAAAAUAGUUUAGUGAAAAUAGUUUUAAAUAAUUCAGUAAUAAUAUCUCCUCUUGUGUUUCACAAAACAAAGAAAGUCACAUAGGUUUGGAAUGAUAUGAGGAAGAGUAAAAGAGGACAAUUUUAGACCAUUUUAAUUUUGGGAUAGAUUAUACCUUGUUUAUUUCAGUGGUUUUAAAUGGUGUGCAAAUAGGCUGCUAUUAUUUUAGUAUUAUUAUUAUUUAUUAUAAGUUGAAGAAAAUGCAUAAAAAAUGUAACAAGGCCAAGUUUCAAUGCACCUCAAUGUUUACAUUUUUCUAUAUAUAGAUAUAUAUUUGUUCAAAUAGACUUCUGUUCAAACGUUUUGCGGUCAGUGAGAUUUUCUUUUUUAUGCUUUUAAUACUUUUUAAAUACUUUUAAUUAAUACUUUUAUUCAGCAAGGACAUAAUCAAAAGUGACAAUCAAAACAUUUAUAUUGUCACAAAAUAUUUCUAUUUUAAAUGAAUGUUGUCACAUUUUCUUAAAAAUUAUUAAGCACCACAACAAUUUUCAACAGUGAUAAUAAUAAGCAACGUUUCUUGAGCAGCAAAUCAGCAUAUUAGAUUGAUUUUUGAAGGAUCAUGUGAUAGAAUCACAGGAAUAAAUUACAUUUUAAAUAUAAAAUAUAUAUAUUUUUUAUUGUUUAACUGAAUUUUGAUCAAAUAAAUACACUUGGUGAACAUAAUAGACUUCAUUACAAAAUAUUAAAAAAUCCUACUGACCACAAACUUUUGAACAGUAGUGCAUAUGUUAAAAAAUUACAUCCUACAGCUUAUGUCCUACAAAAACAGAUGCUGUUAUAAGAUCUUUGCUACAUUUGACUUCACUGAUCAUUGCAGUUUGUGCUUGAGAAUAAAUUA